AUGGCACAAACACAGCCACUCCAAGGAAUCUCAAUACCACGUUACGAAUCGCGUUCCAGCACCGCCUCCACCUACACUGCCUAUGCCAUAGUCGUCCAACUGCCCGUACGAUCAUGGACAGUCUAUCGACGAUACUCGGAAUUUGUACGGCUCCAUAAGAAUCUCUCGGCUUCUGCUAACGCUUCGUCUUCGACGGGAGAGCCAGGUGGAGCAGGAAGGCCGCCACCUCAACCACUUCCACCCAGAGAACGCGCGAGGGAAUGGAAAAAGACGUUUUCCGGCUUUCUGAGUUUUGCAUCUGGAACCGAGCAGGACGGCGGUAUGCACCAGGAAAUGUGGUUGAAAGAACGCAUGUCGGCAUUGGAGGCAUAUCUCAAGGCGAUCGUGAUGCACGAGGAUGGAGCGUGGAGAGAGUCGGAAGCGUUCAAGCAGUUUAUCGAAUGGCCGACAAGUGUCAAGAUGGUCACCGCAAACCCGGUUAGCAGAUCAUCGCCUCGAAAACCAACCAUCCCCGCCUCUCGCACCACUCCACCCAGCAUGCCCGGCGCGCUUUCCCCAGCGACUCGAGCGUUGGGCUCAGCAACCUCUGCAGCCAAUGCACCACGACCUCCAGCAGUCGAGACCGACGCAACUCGUCCGCUCAACAAUGCCCAACUCUUCCAAUCCCAAACUGACGCCAUGGAUCAACAAGACGAACAACUGCUAAAUCUCGCCGCCGUCCUGCGUAGACAGAGACAGAUGGGCGAAGCGAUCAACCAAGAGCUCGGCGAACAGACGGAAUUGCUGGGACAGUUGGAUAGCGAGGUUGAAGCCACCCAAGCGAAUUUGAGCAAGGCCGAUCAGAAGAUGGAUCGUUUCGACGGUGGCAGAGCUAAGAGCAAGGCUGGGAUAGGAAGAAAGUUUUGA